AUGCCGAACAAUUGUAGUACCUUAAUUCAACGAAAACAAAAUAUAUUACAUAAAAUUAUUAGAAGUAAUUCUGAAGGAAAAUUACAAAAUGCUGUUGCUGAAACAACUGCUGAACUUCGUGUUGCUGGUUCAAGAAAAUCACCAUCGAAUUUGGCAGGUCCAUCAAAUAUAUUCAUUAAUAAAAUAAAUCCUGAAACACGUUUACCAUUGAUUAAAGAUGUAAGUGAUCAUCAGUCGGGUGUGAGUAAUGGACAGUCAAGAUCACGUUCACGAUCAAAAACGCCUAUUACAGCUAGUCCAAAAAGUACUCGUCAUAGCAGAGUGGGUAAUAUAUCUCGACAAGCAUCCAUAUCAUCUAUAUUUAAUAUGCUUAAACAACGUUCGACAGAAAAUUUUGAUUAUCAUCCACAAGUGGAUAAUAACGAUGAAGAUGAUGAAAUUAUCAACGACAAUUGUCUACGACGGAAAAGUAACGAUAGUGUAAAAUAUUCGUCGACGAAAGCACAGCAAAAAGCUAUUAUAGUAAAAAAUAUCACUGGAAACAACAAUGAUAGCGGAGUAGACAUUCGAUUUUCGAGUAGUUCAGGUGACACUCAAAAACAACAACAGCAGCAACAAUCGUUACCAACAAAAUUAGUAGAACAAAUAGCAAAAGAGAAAUUGAAUCAAGGUCAAUUAUAUCAACGUCGUCCUAAUAAUAUUGUUAAAGCCCCCAUUAAACAAAAAAUUGAUAAACUUCGACGUCGAAGUGAAGAAGCUACCCAAGCAUUAAAUGGAAUGUUAUCAAAUACGAUUAGUACCGGACUAUCUAUUCAUACAGCAUCACCACAAUCUCAACAAUAUUAUGUGGCAACUCCGUCUUAUCAACAUUCACGUAAACCAACAGCAAGUCGAGCAUCACCACAUCAUAUGAAUGGUACUACAAACGUUCGUCGUGUAUCAUCCGAAGCUGAAAUUCAACAACGAUUACAAGCGCUUCGUCUAUCAACUGACUCAAAUUUAGUAACUGAUAUUAAUAAUCUUCAUGCAUCAACCUAUUCACGUGAUGCAAGAGUAUCAAAUUCAAGACGUGGUGAUCGUUCAAAAUCACCAUUUCAACUUUCUCAACAGCAACAAUCAACAUCAUCAUCGUAUAAAUAUUAUCAUCAAUCACACACUAAUCAAAAUGUUCAAGUACGUCAUCCACAUCCCACAGAACGUGGCUAUAUUCAGCCACCAACUACUCCAAAUCUUUUAUCCGUAAAUAAUGUUAGUAAUGAAGAUGGUGGUCACUUAAAAAGUGCUCAUUCGUUAAAACAUUAUCAUUCAUCUCACAAAGAACAUAAAACCACAAAUAAUCCAAAUGCAAAUUCUGGUAAUUUAUAUUUAGCAUUUAUUGCUAGUAGACAUUUAUCAACAUUAGAAGAUACAUUAUUCGAAUUUGAUAUUGAUCAUCAAAAAUUAUUAAGAAUUUUUACAUGGUUAAAAAAUGUUGAAGAUUAUAGACAUGAACAAAUGGAUCAUGAUAAAUUAUUAAUUGAACAGAGUGAAAGAAUGUUAAAUGAAGAAGAAAAUUUAUCAUUAUAUUCUGAAAUACAGUAUGCUGUUGAUGACUUACCGGCAAAUUUAACAGGAAAAGCAUGUGAAAAAAUACCAACAAUGAAAUAUGAAGACUGA